AUGGGAAACUACAAAAGCACCCCGACUGUAUCUCUGCGCCCCCAAAGCCAUAACACAGACUCCCAGCUGUCUGUGCCCCGAGGCAAAUGCCCUAACCGAAGAGUAUGUGCCCCAAAAACUGGGUGCAGAGACCCUAAACCAGUUAUCUGUGUCCCCAAAGCCGGGUGCAGAUGCCCUAUCCCAGGUCCCUGUACCCCGAAAGCCUGGUGCAGAUGCUAUAACCCUGGUGUCUGCACCCCCAAGGCCUGUUGCAGAUGCUAUAACCCUGGUGUCUGUACCCCCAAAGCCUGUUGCAGAUGCUAUAACCCUGGUGUCUGUACCCCCAAAGCCUGUUGCAGAUGCUAUAACCCUGGUGUCUGCACCCCCAACGCCUGGUGUAGAGGCCCUAACCUUUGUGUCUGCGCCCCCAAAGUUGGGUACAGAGGCCCUAACCCAUGUGUCUGCACCCCAAAGCCGGGUACAGAGGCCCUAACUGAGGUGUCUGCACCCCCAAAGCCCAGGACAGAGGCCCUAACUGAGGUGCCUGUACCCCCAAAGCCCAGGGCAGAGGCCCCAACUGAGGUGCCUGCACCCCCAAAGCCUAGGGCAGAGGCCCCAACUGAGGUGUCUGCACCCCCAAAGCCCGGGGCAGAGGCCCCAACCCAGGUGUGUAUACCCCCAAAGCUGUGUGCAGAGGCCAUAACCCAGGUCUGUGUACCCCGAAGGCUGUGUGCAGAGGCCCCAACCCAGGUGUGUGCACCCCUAAAGCUGUGUGCAGAGGCCCCAACCCAGGUGUGUGCACCCCCAAAGCUGUGUGCAGGGGCCCCAACCCAGGUGUGUGCACCCCCAAUGCUGUGUGCAGAGGCCCCAACCCAGGUGUGUGCACCCCCAAAGCUGUGUGCAGAGGCCCCAACCCAGGUGUGUGCACCCCCAAAGCUGUGUGCAGAGGCCCCAACCCAGGUGCAUGCAACUCCAAAGCCUGAGGCAGAAACCAUAAUUUAG